UCCUAACUAGUCUUCAUCUCUCUGUAUUUGAACCCUACUUGUACACGCCAAAUAGGAUAAAAAGUCGUCUUUUAGAACAACUAAGAAGGUUUCGGCCUAUUGCUUAUAGAAAGAUCCCAGAGCGAGGAAAUUUAAGGUUAUGGCUGGUUUGCAACGAUCUGCUGUUUCGUUUAGGAGACAAGGCUCGUCGGGAUUUGUAUUUGAUGACAGAUUCUUGUCAGGGCAGCUCAACCAAGUUAACCAGAAGGAAGACCCUGAUCAACAAGAGCUAGAAAAGCGCCUAGAUACCAAAGAGAUGGACAAGACAUCAAGAACCGAAGUUGGACCGACCAUUACCAUCGAGCGCAGCCAAUCCAACGGUGGAGCACGCGGCUACCGUACCGGGAAGGUAGCUCCGGCGAUCGAGCCACCUUCGCCGAAGCUCUCGGCGUGCGGGUUUUGCGCCGCUUUCGGACAGGCAGGGAAAAGGGAAAGGAUAACGCGGAAGCCAGCUGCUAAGCAUAGACCACGGUACACGUAAUUUGGUGUUCUAGGGUGAUCGGAUGUGGGAUUUUCCGAUGGUUCGUUCGUGGUAUUCGCAUGGUAUAAGCCUUUUGUCUUUAGCUUGGUAGGAGUAAAAGCUCAUCACAAUAUGAAGUGAGAUGAUGUACUAAGAGUUUUGGAAAAACUUCUUCAUGAUCUGUGGUUGUGGUUUUGAUGGAUCGAUGUAAUUAUGUGUAUACUGUUGCUUCUGUUUCUUUCUCUUGAUUAAUAUUCUUGUACAAAUCAAUUCUCGAUAGGGACCUGAUCCUCCUUUAUGAUGGUUA